AUGAGUUUGGACCGACGUAUUGACGAAGCUACAGUUAGUGGGGCAUCUUCACUGUCAGCAACCGCCGAGCAUACUUCCACAGACGGCCAAGUGAACGAUCUACAAGAUGAGGUUGCGAAAGUCGCGGAACGAUUGUCCAUACUAUCUUCUGCUUCUGGAGAGUGGCAGUCACAAGUACUCAACCCUACGCCGGGCAGCAAGCUUGAUCCAUCGUCUCCAGCAUUUGACGCCCGACUCUGGGUAAAAGAAUUUAUCAGACUAACAGAAUCCGACCCUAAGUCUGCACCUUCGCGCUCCCUCGGCGUUGCCUUUAAGGCAUUGAGUGUGUUUGCAUAUACCACGGGCGCCGAGUUCCAAAAGACGACAGGAAAUGUGGUAAUUGGACUUACAACAUACCUUGCAAGGUGGCUCCGUGGAAAUCGACAUGCCAGACGCGCUGACAUCCUACGCGACUUCGAAGGUGUUGCAGAAAAGGGAGAAAUGUUGCUCGUCCUAGGUCCCCCUGGAUCUGGCUGCUCUACACUUCUCAAGUCACUAUCAGGGGAGACAGCAGAUCUGAACCUGACGCCAGAGUCAUACGUUAACUUCCAAGGAUUGGACCUGGCCGAUAUCCGCUCCUCACUCCGCGGCGAUGUACUGUACAAUGCAGAGCUCGAUAUCCAUUUGGCCCAUCUCACGGUUGGAGAGACUUUAACGUUUGCCUCUCGUGCCCGCUCUGUCCGACACGUCCCAGGGGGCUUUGACCGCGAUCAGCUCAACACGGUGCGCCGCGAUGUCAUGAUGGCCAUCUUUGGCCUGAAUCAUACUAUCAACACGCAUGUCGGAGAUGACUUCGUGCGUGGUGUCAGUGGUGGAGAGCGCAAGCGAGUUAGCAUUGCCGAGGCUUCUCUGACUGGAGCCAAGUUCCAGUGUUGGGACAACUCUACGCGCGGGCUCGACAGCGCCAAUGCUGUCAACUUUUGCAGCAACCUGCGCCUCCAAGCAGAUCUACUUGAUGUAACAUCUGUGGUGACCUUGUACCAAGCGCCUCAGUCAGCCUACGAUCUCUUCGAUCGAGUAACUCUUAUCUAUGAGGGAAGGCAAAUCUUUUUCGGGCACACUACCGACGCUAAGGACUAUUUUGAGAAUCUGGGCUUUUACUCCCCUCCAAGGCAAACUGUCCCUGAUUUCCUGACGUCCAUGACUAGCCCGGAAGAACGGAGAGUGAGAACUGGCUUUGAAGACUUGGUACCUCGCUCGGCAGAUGAAUUUGCAGAACGAUGGCAAUCAAGCGAACAGCGAAAGAAGUUACUCUUUGAGCUUGCAUCGUAUGAGCAAAGACAUCCCCCGGAAGAGAGAAAGACGGAAUACUAUCAUUCCAGGCAAGCAGAGCAGGCUAAGCAGCAGCGCUCCAAGUCUGCUUACACGAUAUCAUACCCUCAGCAAAUCUCCCUAACUCUUUGGCGUGCUUAUCGGAGAUUGCUUGCUGACCCUGUAUUCACCAUUGCUUCCCUGUUGUUUAACGUUGUGAUGGCACUCAUCCUGGGAAGUAUGUUCUAUAAACUCAAGCCGGAUACAUCUAGCUUCUACUAUCGUGGAGGACUCAUCUUUUUCUCCCUCCUUUUCAAUGCUUUUGCGAGCCAGCUGGAGGUCCUGACAAUCUAUGCCGAACGCCCUAUUGUCGAGAAGCAGAAUCGCUAUGCUUUCUACCACCAGUCCGCUCAGGCAAUCGCGAGCUACUUGACUGAUCUACCCUACAAGAUUGUGAAUAUGUUUGUUUUCAACAUCAUCAUUUACUUCAUGGCAAAUCUGAAGCAAGAAGCGGGUGCUUUCUUCUUUUUUUGCCUCACCACCUUCCUCACCACUCUGGUUCAGUCGGCCAUUUUCCGCACAUUGGCCUCUAUAACUCGGACUUCUGAUCAGGCUAUGAUCCCAAGUGCCAUUCUGAGUCUUGGGCUGAUGAUAUACACCGGAUUCACCACGCCCCCAGAGUAUAUGCCCGGAUGGUCGCGGUGGAUGGCGUAUAUCAACCCCCUCGCGUACGGAUUUGAGGCUUUAAUGGCAAAUGAAUUCCACGAUCGGGAAUUCCCCUGCGUUAACAUGGUUCCUAGCGGUCAAGGGUAUACAACUCUUCCGUCUGUGUCGCAGAUCUGCUCUGUUGUUGGCUCGGAGGCUGGUUCAUCCUUUGUGAAUGGAGACAACUACAUUAGCAUGUCAUUCGACUACUGGAAUGUGCACAAGUGGAGAAACAUCGGUAUUCUCUGCGCAUUUUUAGCCUUCUUUUUCCCUGCCUACAUGCUUUCUGCUGAGCUUGCAAAGCCACCCAGGACCCGCGGCGAAAUUCUUGUGUUCCGUCGAAGCAAAGGCUCUCCUAAACCAGAGCAGAAAUUGUCCCUGGACGCCGAGAAUCAAACGCAAAAUCGCCCAGUAGUAGCCGAGAAGGUACAGUCUCCAGGUCGGUCUGAUGAGAUGGUGGUUGGAAAGGAUGUCUUCCACUGGGAAGAUCUCUGCUAUGACAUCGAAAUAAAGGGCGGAAACCGCCGUCUUUUGGACCAUGUCGAUGGCUGGGUUAAACCUGGUGUAUCAACCAUUCUCAUGGGUGUGUCUGGUGCAGGCAAAACAACCUUGCUGGAUGUUCUGGCAACUCGCGUCACGACCGGUGUCCACAGGGUUGGCUAUGUUCAGCAGCAAGACCUCCAUCUCAGCACCAUGACAGUUCGCGAAGCGCUUCAGUUCAGUGCCGUCCUCCGACAAUCCGCAGAAAUAUCCCGAUCUGAAAAGCUCGACUACGUUGAACAUAUCAUUGACACACUGGAAAUGCGAGAAUUCGCCGACGCUGUCAUUGGUGUCCCUGGAGAGGGUCUUAAUAUAGAACAACGCAAACGUCUUACAAUUGGCGUUGAACUUGCCGCUCGACCACAACUGUUGAUCUUCUUCGAUGAACCCACUUCGGGAUUGGAUGCGCAGACUUCCUGGGCCGUUUCUGAACUCAUCAAAAAGUUGACGGACAGCGGCCAGGCGGUUCUCUGCACAAUUCACCAACCCUCUGCUAUUCUCUUUGACCAGUUUGAUCGACUUCUUCUUAUCGCCCCGGGAGGCAAGACAGCCUACUUUGGUGAUUUGGGUAGUGGUGCUUCAACCCUAAUUAACUACUUUGAGAAGAACAAUGCCCCUGCAUGCCCAGCGGGUGCAAAUCCCGCCGAAUGGAUGUUGCAGGUGAUUGAAUCCCCCGCAAAUGGCUCGAAAGGACCAGACUGGCACCAGGUAUGGCUGGAUUCCCCCGAAUAUCAGACAGUCAAGACGGAGCUUCGUCGCCUUCGUGACCUUCCCGCAGCAGACUCCACAGUCGAUGAAGGCGCCUCUCAACAUCAGGAAUUUGUGGCCUCUUUCUGGACCCAGUUCGACCAAGUUUUACAGCGCACUUGGAAGCAUUUCUGGCGAUCCCCGACUUACAUUUGGUCCAAAACCAUAUUGAUUGUUCUUUCCUCUCUUUACCUCGGCUUUAGCUUUGAGGCCAACAAUUCCAUCCAAGGGCUGCAAAACCAACUUUGGGCUGUCUUCAUGCCGCUAAUUCUGUUUCUCAACAUCAAUGAGCAAAUAAUGCCCAUGUUCUUGCCCCAGCGAGCGCUGUACGAGGCUCGCGAGCGUCCCUCGAAGAUUUACAGAUGGUCAACAUACUUACUUUCCAACAUCUUUGUUGAGCUCGCAUGGCACACCCUGAUGGCGAUCAUCAUGUACUUCUGUUGGUAUUACCCAGUGGGCUUUGUCCGAAACACUACACCCGAUGACCAGGCUAUCCGCGGCUUCCUCGUCUUCCUCUUCUUAUGGGUUUAUCUGCUAUUUACGAGCACGUUUACCCACUUCGCCAUUUUCUGGAUUGAUCUUCCCGAAACUGCAGGCGUACUAACCAGUCUUUUCUGGAUGCUUUGUAUCCUGUUCUGUGGAGUCGGGGUCCCCAUAUCUGAUCUCCCAAAGUUUUGGUCCUUCAUGUAUCGUGUUUCACCCGCAACAUACAUUGUUGGGGGUAUCAUGUCCAACGCAGUUGCCAACUCAAACGUUACAUGUGCCGACCGCGAGAUUCUCCAUAUGGCUCCGACUGGAAACCUUACCUGUGGAGAAUUCCUGGCUGCGUACAAGGAAUCCGCUGGUGGCUUGGUGCUGAACCCGACAGCGCAAAGCAUGUGUGAAUAUUGCCCCCUUGCCACCACCAAUGAGUUCCUUGAUCGAUUCCAGAUUUCGUACGAUACAAGAUGGCGGGACUUUGAAUUUACUCCAACUCCUAUCGAGCCAUCACUACCACCCGAAAUUGACCUCCCUAUCGACCGCCUCUUGCGCUUUGAGCCUCAGAGCGUCGCUCUAUACGAUGAUACCGUCGUUGUCAAGGUUAGCAAUGAGCGAACAACCAGCUCGGGCAUGAGCUUUUUCUCGAAUGAGCGAAUGAGCGCAUUGGUCAGCCGAAUAGGAACCGACGUAGUCGCAGAGCUCGUUGAGGACCUAGAAAACUUCCUUGUGUCACGAGUAUGUUCGACACACGACUCUUCAUCGUCUAUGAUUGAGUUUCAGCCGCCUCUAACCAGUGUGGACGUUACACCAAGCGAGGCUGCGGCUUAUAUUGAUGCCUACUUUGACCAGGUCCAUCAUAUCUACCCGUUUCUCGAUGUACAGGAGUUUACCUCGCAUACUACUAACUGUCAGCGUACUGGGACAUCGAAAUGUAGCAAAGCGUGUUCCGCAAUAUAUCACGCUGUCCUAGCUUUGGGCAGCCAGUACCACCAAGGCGGCAGCUUUAUACCUGGAUCUGGAAAGGCCUGGACUAUCUUUCAAUUCUGUCUAGGUAUUAUGCCGGAUAUCUUGGUUCCUCCAUACUCUUUGACGAAACUUCAAGCUUUGACGACCAUGUCCAUAUUUGCACUGAAUACCUGCUGUCUUCAACUAGACCACUCGUUGGUAUACGAGGCUGCAAGAAUGGCGCAAAGUCUACGGUAUCACAAAUCUCCCAAUGCCAAACCUGCUCACUUGAAAGUGUUUUGGACUAUAUACCACUUGGAAAAGAUUACCUCCUUCUCUAAGAACAAUAGCUCAGUUUUCGCUGAUGAAGAUAUCGGAUGUGACGUCCCUUCCGUCCCAGAGUCUAAGUUUGGAGACUACAACUGGUUCCUGUCCGCCAUUCAUCUGAGCAGACUGACAUCGAUCGCAUACACCACUCUAUUCUCAACAAGGUCUUCUCUAAAGUCCGCAGAGGAUUGCUUAAAUUCUAUCAAGCAUGUACGACGUGGGUUAGAAGAAUGGCGCUUAUCAGUACCUGUAGCAUUUCGGCCGAAGGAGCCACUUCAACUGAGUGAAAGUGCAAGUCCGACGACGAAAGUGGUUGUUAUACAGACGCAUUACUUGUACUGCAACCUGGUUUUUGCUAUGGAGCGCCUGUCCCUUCACGUCGACCCUGAUGAAAAGCUGGAUCGCGAGGAUAGCAGGUUGGAAUUGAUGAACGCAGCGCGUAUUGUCAUUGAGCUUGUUUCCUUCAUUGCAAUCGAGCCUCAUAUGCCUGUCUUCAUUACCGGCAUCAUGCCAUUAUCAGCAGUCUUCGUUCUUUUUGAUUUUGUGAUACACAAUCCCACUCAUACAGAGACGGAAAGUAAUAUUGCUUUCCUUGAUCAGGCUGCGGCAUACUUCAGUCAACUUGAGUACACCUCCAAGGGCGCACUACCAGGAAGCAUUAUCUCAAAAUUUGCAGGCAUUGCGCGACAAUAUGUUCUCAAGUUGCGGGAAACGGUACCCACGGUUACCAUCUCGAAGCCAGAGAUGCACCAAGGUAUCCAACCAAUAUGGGAUUUUGGGCCAGAUAUUGAUUUCAAAGAUAUAGAUUUUUCUUCGAUAAUCUCGCCAAACUCCGAGCAAAUUCCUUACGCAAGCAUUGACACGCCAUCGCCGAUGAGGCCCGAUCUUAAUUAUCCCCCAUCCCAGGAUAUCCAAUUCUCGAACCAACUAGGGGACCCUAGGUCCAUUUUCGACUUUGUGUUUCCCGAUUAG